AUGGGCACUGCGGAGGAGACGGCGAAAGCCAUCUGGGAGGAGAACGGCUCAGGCUAUAUGGGCCUCAACAUCAUCCGAGCAUCUUGGUGGGGUAAAACCUGGCAAGAUGAGCGAAAAAAGGAAAGACAAUCGAUGAGAAUCGUGAUCGACAAUGCGAAGAUCGCAAACCGACUUAUCGACAACGCUCUCGGUCUAAGAGCCAUCCGCAUAAAAGUUAGAAGAUUCCAACCUGCAAGGGGGCCCCGGAGAUCUUACUACUUCUAUAAGGAAGAGUCACCCGAGAGCUCCCAGGCCAUUCCAUCGUCACAGAACGAGGAGGAAAUGGAAGUUGAGGAGGAGGAGAGAGGGAGUAAGAGGAAGGCAGAGGGUACGGGCCCGAAGCCAAAAGGGCGACCAUUCGGAGCCCUCAACAAGUCGGACUUUCACUUUGGCAUGCCCCAAGGGGAAAGCCCUUUCCACAUUGCGAAGGAAAGCGCCAAAGGAAACACUCCGACGCAGGAACAAUCCCAGCCCGAAAGCCAAAUGGUAGGAAGGGUAGGGAGCAUCGAUGAAGAGGAACUAUGA